AAUUGUCAAAAAAUGAAUGGUAAGAAAAAUUUUUUUUCCAAAGCUAGUAAUUUUUUACACGAUGUGUUUACUGCCAGCAUUUGCCUAUGCUUUUGCAAGUAUUUUUUUCUUAUCAAUAGUUAUAUGYUAUGAUCGUGUGGAUAUCAGCAACAUGACACGAGAUCAAUUGUCAAAAUUAGUUGCAAAAGAUACACUGCCACAUCGCGUGAGAUUUACAAACUGUAAUGAGGUUAACAUCCGUCAUGAUAAGGAAAUUUCUGUAAGAUCAGAAUGGAUUGAGGAAAACGAUAAAGAUGCCGUGAAGGAAUAUAUUUUUAAUUUCUUUUUUCACGAUGGGAUAUACAUCAAACCAAAAGUUGAUAUUUUUGAAGACCAUUUAGAAAUUCCUGCGUACUCACUUACUCCCCGAAAAUAUUUGGUGGCGAUAUCUGCUAAUAAAAAGCCUAAUUCUCUGAGGAAAGAUCUCCCCGAAAAUGUUUUCGGUGAAAGUGGAUAUCUGCUCUGUUGGCUCAAUCUUAAAGCUUACGAACCUGUUGCUAUAAUCGAAGGAGGGGUUAAUCGAGUCGUAGACUCAUCAUCCGAUAUUAAUGUUGAUGGUAGUUCAUCAUAUGAUAAAAAUUUUCAAAAUAAAUCACAGGAGGGUCUCACUUAUUCAUGGACGUGCACACAAACAUUGAAACCGCCAACUUUUUGUAAAAACGAGAUUAUUUCUACGGAAAGUCGUAUUACAAUUCCUAAAAAAUUCGUCGAAAAAGGUGAAACGUUUAUGAUCACAUUGGUUUUAAAAAGUAAGUACGGCCCUGUGGUUACUGAACAUCAAACAAUUACGGUCAAAAAAGAUGUUGCAAAUCUGAACAUUAUAUGCAAGAGGAAUUGUCCACCGGAAAUUGAGAAAUCAAGCCCCAAAGAAGAUUCGUUUCUAACAGUAACAUGCAGCCAAAAUUGUGACAAUAUUGAUGAGGAAAAAGAUUACUUAUGGACGAUUAAAUCAAAAACAGAUCCAAACUUUUCUUUCGACUAUGCGAAAAACACGCGAUUUGGAAGAACCGGAACAAAAUUCGUAAUUGAAGCAAAUGUUUUAAAGGCAGAUACCUACACUAUAAGUGUCAAUUUAAAUCCGAAAUCGAAACGUGAAGGCGUUGCAAGUCUUGAAAUCGAAUUCGGGGAAAUGAAAGGUGUCAAAAGUUGUUCAAUCGAACCGAAAACUGGAGACUCUCUACUGACUGAAUUUCGUUUGAAUUGCAUUCAAGUCUCGGAGAAAGACAGAUUUAUGUACGAGCUCUAUACCAGAAAUAAGAAAGAUCCAAGCAAAGAACAACUGGUGAUAGAUGGGUAUAGUCCUGCCAUUUUUAAUGAAAAAUUUGUAUUGCCAUCUUCUAACGAUACAAAUUAUUUUGUAAAAGUAAUGAAAGAAGGACAACCUAAACUUGAAAUCCAGUUAGAUGUCGAAGUUAAGUCGAGCUUAAAAGAUAAAUCAACUGGAGAAGUGGUGGAUGUCGUGAAAGAUAUAUAUCAAGACCAAAAGCUUUCCGACCUGACUUCUAGUGUGGAUCCUGAAGUAAGACAGAAAGGAUUACAACUUUUCCAAACACUAGUCGAUGAAGUGAUUAGUAAAGAACCAAAAGAUAAAAAAAUGCAAAAUUUUAUCAGAGAUUUAAAAUUGCAAGCUGCAAAAGAUUUAGCUAAUUCACCGGUCAAUUCGAUUAACGAAGUUUUGCAAGUGAGUAACACAAUAACGAAUCUUCACAUUAAAGCCAAGAACCAGACGCUUCCCGCAGCAGACCCAGAACUUGCUCAAGCAACGACGGAGAUUUGUAAAACUAUGAGCAUAAAAUUUUUAGAUUUGUUGAAAAAAGAAAAGUAUCCGUUAUCUCUUAGCGAUAAAUCUCUACAACAAUCUCGCAUCAUAUCUAAAUGUGUGGACACUUAUGCCAAUGCGAAUUAUUCACUUCUGACUCCCAUAGAAUACAAUGUGACAAAAGAAGUCGAAACUCCUAUUGAAGAAACUGUCACCGAAACUUAUGAAAAUUACCUUGAUUACGAUGACAAAUAUUUCCAGAAUAUGCAAAAUCUGAAACAAGCAAGUAUAAGGUCGCUUAAAGCUAGUUCAAAUAGCGCAAAAUCUAUCGCUUUGACUCGUGCAGUCGGUGAAGGUAUUUUCAGGAUGAAUGGAACAAUUAAUUCGUUGGUUGUAUUGAAAGAUGAAGGAAAAUAUUUGGUUAACAUGGCGGUUACUUCACAUGGAGUUGUUUUGAUUCCUCCGGAGGAAUUUAGAAACGACAGUCAUCCGUAUGAUAUUUUGUUAAUUACUUGGGAGAGAGACAUCCUGUGGUGGAACCCUGGGCACACCCAUAUUGAUACCGACAUUGCCAAAGUAGAAUUUUGGCAUUCGACAUGCAAGCAACGUAUUUCAACUUUCAAGAAACCGGUCAAUAUUUUCUUUAAAUUAAAAUUUGAUGGAACAAACAUUUUGAACACGCUUCAUGAUUCUUACGAAGUAGAUGAAAAAUUUGAUAUCAUGACAUCUUUUAACAAGAAUUAUUUGAUAAAAGUUUAUCGAAUUGCAUUACCGGGAUUAAGAAUACUGCAUCACAAGUUUUAUAAUGUAACAAAAGCGAACUCGUUGAAAAGGAUAGUCUCCUUCCACUAUCCAUCAAUCAAUUCAUUUACGAAAAGUAUGCCUUUUAUCUCAGAGGUUGGUAGACAAUUUUACACUCGUAAUUUAAACAACUAUGAUGUGUGGAUUUAUUUUGGAAUUGUGGCUGUGAAUGGGUUUGCUGGACAGACAAUAGAUUUUAGUGUUGAAUGGUAUGCAUCAAGCUGUCUCAAAUGGAAAGAGAAUACCACCACCUGGGAAGCAGGAUGCUUGCCUGGAGGACAAACUAACACAACAACCAUUCAUUGUCAGUGUACUAACUUUUCGUUGCUUGCUGGCUACUUAGAAAACUUUCCCAUCGAACAACAAAAAGUGAUGCCUGCGAAUAUAGAGAUAAAAUUGAUAUCUUGUUAUAUAAUUUUCAUAACAGUCUGUGUAACUUAUAUUCUCUUUUACAUAUUGAUUUUCUUCACUCUGAGAGAAAGAAAAAAGAAACAAUUAUACUUUUUGGCCGAUAAUAAUCUCCAACAUCCAUUUGCUUAUCUGUUACUGAUCAAAACAGGACUUGGUUACAAUGCAGGUACUUCCUCUAAUGUAGUGAUUAAACUUGUCGGAAGUAAAAAGUCCAGUGAGCCGCACGUUUUGAAUUUUCCCGAUCCAAAAUUACAGCUUCUUCAAAGUUUCGGUAAUGAUAUGUUUGUGUUAACGACAGAAAAUCAUUUGGGUGAAAUAAAAAAAGUGGAACUGUGGUUCGAUUCAAUUGGACCUAACGCUUCUUGGCACUGUCGGAACAUUUUAGUAUAUGACAUGCAGUUACGUACUGAGUGGCAAUUCAUUAAUAAAACGGACUUGUCUGUGCGGAAAGGCACUACUCGCAUUACUGUGACUCCAGAAGAAAAAACGAAGAAAACGGGUUAUCUAAGCAGGAUCCAUAUUCAAUUUUUCACACAAAGAUACCACACUUGGUGUUUGUUUCGUUAUGAAGAACAUCUUUCUUUCUUGAAAAAACUUACCAUAAUCCUUUCUAAUGUUCUAACGACUUAUGUUUCCGUACUCUUGUUUGACAGGCUUCCCAGAUUUCACAUGAGUGAUUCAAUAGGGCAUCGUCACACUUACAUUAUUAAUGCUUAUGAUGUUUUUAAGGCGUUUGUUGGCUCUUUUCCGUCAUUUAUAUUUCACAUGGGAAUUGCGUGGUUGUUUCGGAAUACCCAACGCCAAUUCUCCAGAUACAGAUAUACAAGGAAAUUGCCGGUUCCAGUUAAUUUCACUUUGUGGGGUGUAUUAAUUGCUCUGAUUCUCUUUUCAACUUCUUUUUUGGUAGUAGUAGGAUUUUGGAUUCAGUUUUAUAGUAGUUGUGUUUGGCUCACGUCAUGUAUGAUAGGGCUUAUAUUUGGUAUCACGAUUUAUGAAACUUUAUGCUCGAUGCUUCUCAAUAUCUUUUUUAAAAUGGAAUUGGGUCACAACAUUGAAAAAAUGUUUAACGACAUAAAAGACGCUAUUAAUGUCCAAAGGGCAUAUUUGUAUCAACAUUUUGGUAUUUUGGGUUUGCGGCCGUAUUUUAGUCACUUGUACAAGCCUUUAAAAGUGAGAGAUGUGAUGGUAAAACGGUUGCUGUUGAAACGACGUUUAUCCAUAAUAGCGGAACUUGAAGAUCUGCUUAUGUUCACAAUUUACAUAACAAUUUUGUACGUCAUUAUUUUGGCUAAUAAGGAUAUCCUUAUGAUUUAUGGGAAACGAGAGAUGUCAGAAAUCGUGGAAGGCUUCUUUACUCGAACUUUAAAAUUUUCCGAAAUUGAUGAGGGCAAUGAUAUUAUUCGAUACCUUAACGAAACUCUGCUUCCAGCAAUUCACCCUACUCGAUGGUAUGGAAGUUAUGUGAUAACGGAACCAGCAUUGGUGGUCGAUGUACUCAACAAGCUCGUGGGAGUUGUUCGAAUAAGACAACAGAGAAUGAUGCCUCAUUUGUGUGAAGUUGCCAAAGAAAUGCGCUUCUUGAAUAUGUCAUGUUGGCCGGAGUUCUCCCGAUCCAAGAUUGAAACCAAAACUCAUGGUUAUGGAUGGGGUAAAUACCUUCCUUUUAUGGCCUAUGACAGACUGCGUGGCAUGUGGAAAUAUAAGCCUGAUUCCGAGACUGAAACAUUGCCGCAUAUUGGACAAUUUGCUAUUUAUUCUGGUGGUGGAUAUAUUAUGUAUUUGGGCCGUAAUUUUUACAAUUCGUAUGUGAACUUACGCAAGAUGAUUGACAAAUAUUGGAUAGAUCCCGAAACCAGAGUCAUCUUCAUUGAAUUUUUGUGUUACAAUCAGAAUUAUAAUAUAUUCAAUGCCGUUAAAUUGUUAUUUGAACAAAGUGCAACUGGUUUCAUUAAAAGAAGUGUUUACGUGUAUUCCGUCCGCAUGCUUUUUGUCGGAAACGAAGUCGAGAUGUUUUCCUUCGUUUUCUUCACCCUCUUCAUCAUCUGGGUUGCCAUUAUGUUGAUCAAACAAACAGUUACGACACUUACAAAUUUUCGGAGCGUCUUUAAAGACAUUUGGUUUUUAAUCGAUUCUGUCAUUGUGAUAAUGAGCGUAUUAUCCAUAUCCUUAUUCAUCUUCAGAACGUAUAUGGUGGGAAGCUACAUGAAACAAUUGGAUAUUGUGCAACACAACGAAUUCGUAAACUAUUUUUAUCUGUUCUACAUUGAAGAUAUUUUGAAUUAUGUUGCCGGUUUUUUGGUUUGUAUUGCAACCAUUCGAUUGUGGAAGUUUCUCCGAUUUGCUUCAAUGUUUCGAAAACUGGAACUAACAUUCGAAAUCGCUGGAAAUACUUUUAUGUCAUUUGCUGUUGCUUUCUUCUUGCUACUUUUUACUUUUGCAACGGCAAUCUAUAUGGUGAUGGGAAGCUAUUUUGAGAAAGUUUACACAGUGGCAAGAGCUGCAAGGAUAAUGACAACUCUAGCACUGAAACCUCUCGAGAUGGAGCUUGACAGAUUUUUGGAAAACAACGUUGCAACUGCUUAUAUCACAUUUUACAUGAUUGUCAUCCAGUUAUUAAUGUUUAUUUUAAUAAUGAUAAUCGUAAUGGCCUACAUCGAAGCUCAGUUACAAAUCGCGUCCGAAAUUUUUAAAUACAAUAUUUACGAUUACAUGGAAGAACGAAUGAAGUACAUUCCAAUGUACCUCAAGUACAAAUUCAAGAAACGAGCCAGGGCCGGUUUCGAUGGGAUGCUUAAAGUGGCACCGAAACCUGAUAAAAUUAUCUAUUUGUUUUGCAAAAUUGUAACACAUAACCGGAUGAUGGGAAUGAAGAACCUCACACAGUGUAUCGUAAGAAAUAAGAACAAAAAGAAAACUUCCGUUUUAUCUGAGUACGAUUCAAGAUUAAUGUUACAAGUGUGCAGAAGCGUGUUAAUCAAACCGCCAGUACAAGAAGUUGAAGUGUUUUACAAAGGGCGUAUGCAAGGGCAAAGAUUGAAAUUUGUCGAUGAGAGAAAAGUUGAGAAAAUUGCAAACAUUGUUAACCUAAUGCUUCAGGAGAAAUUACCGGAGUUUAGUCACACACGAGACCUAGAUGCGACGGUUCAAAAAUGUACUCAGUUUAUUACACAGGGACAACAGACACUCCAAAGGUGUAAUCUGGGCUUGAAGUUGAUAUUGCAUAAUUGGUAUACAGUUGAAGAGAAAUUCAGAAAAACAGUGAAACGUUAGUAAUUUCGUAUUGUUAAUUUUUUAUUCUUAAUAAAUGUU